AUGUCAGCAAAGUCCAUUCUCGAGGCCGACGGGAAGGCCAUUCUCAACUAUCACCUCACCCGUGCUCCAGUCGUUAAACCAACCCCUCUGAAGCCUUCUGGCGUCCAUAACCCUCCUGCCAAACUAGCCUCCAUAUACUUCCCCGAAGAUGAGUCUGUACAGGCCGUUCUGGACCAGGCUGAGGCCACCUACCCAUGGCUACUGGCGACUGGCGCCAAAUUUGUCGCAAAACCAGAUCAAUUGAUCAAGAGAAGAGGAAAGAGUGGCCUGUUGGCUUUGAACAAGACCUGGCCAGAGGCCAGAGCCUGGAUUGAGGCCAGAGCUGGCAAGGACCAAAAAGUUGAGACCGUCACCGGUGUCCUCAGACAAUUUUUGGUCGAGCCAUUUGUGCCUCAUCCCCAGGAUACUGAAUACUACAUUAACAUCAACUCGGUCCGAGAUGGCGAUUGGAUCCUCUUUACACAUGAAGGCGGUGUCGACGUUGGUGAUGUUGAUGCGAAGGCUGAAAAGAUCUUGAUCCCAGUCGAUUUGAAGGAUUUCCCUUCAAACCAGGAGUUGGCGUCCACUCUGCUCAAGAAGGUGCCCAAGGGCGUCCACAAUGUGCUGAUUGAUUUCAUCGUCCGACUCUACUCCGUCUACGUCGACUGCCAAUUCACCUAUCUUGAAAUCAACCCCUUGGUCGUCAUCCCCAAUGCUGCAGGCACGUCAGCCGAUGUCCACUUCCUCGAUCUUGCAGCGAAACUCGAUCAAACGGCAGACUUCGAGUGUGGUACAAAAUGGGCCAUUGCACGAAGUCCGGCUGCGCUUGGUUUACCCGGUGUCAAGACCGACGGAAAAGUUACCAUCGACGUUGGUCCACCCAUGGAAUUCCCCGCACCUUUCGGUCGUGAGCUCAGCAAAGAAGAGAAGUACAUCUCGGACAUGGAUGCGAAGACUGGUGCUUCUCUUAAAUUGACCAUCCUCAACGCGCAAGGUCGCGUCUGGACUUUGGUCGCCGGUGGUGGGGCAUCCGUCGUCUAUGCCGACGCUAUUGCCUCCGCCGGUUUUGUCAGCGAAUUGGCCAACUACGGUGAAUAUUCUGGGGCUCCGACAGAGACCCAAACUUACAACUAUGCCAAAACUGUUCUUGACCUGAUGCUCCGAGCACCCGUGCACCCCGACGGCAAAGUUCUCUUCAUUGGUGGUGGUAUUGCCAACUUUACCAAUGUCGCCUCAACCUUCAAAGGUGUGAUCCGCGCUCUUCGUGAGGUUGCCCACGUCCUCAAUGAGCACAAGGUCCAAAUCUGGGUCCGCCGUGCCGGUCCCAACUACCAAGAAGGCCUUAAGAACAUCAAGGCCGUGGGUGAGGAAUUGAAACUCAACAUGCACGUGUAUGGUCCUGAAAUGCACGUCAGUGGUAUUGUGCCACUGGCUCUCUUGGGCAAGAAGACCACCAUUCCUGAAUUCGGAGGCCAGUAA